UGGAUUAGUGACCGCGGCGCGCGUUAGGCCGUUCGUUCUCUCGGCGAUAAUGCUGGAACGGUCAGAGCCGGUGAAUUCGCAUUCGGCAUGUGUGUGUAGAAAUAUAUAAUAUAUAACAACAUAUACGAUAGUGCCUGUGAGAACCACGACCGUGACUGAAACUGGAAACAAACGGUGUGGAACUACACAAUGUUGCAUGUUGGAGUUUGUUGAUAAUCGGCGAUUUGACCGGAUCUUGUUAUGUUAUUUCUUCGCAACUACAAGCAGCUAAAGCACAAGGUGAAAUGUCGCAAAUUCACCACUACAACGGAUAUGCAAAUGGCGGAGUCAGACUUCAAAAUCACUCGGAAAGAGACUUGUCAACAUUAUCCAUGACUCGCUCAAGUACCUUGUAUCGAAACAGCAAUGGGCUUGCUGCGCUUGCGACACCUGUCUCAUUGCACGAAGACGCCCAGUUCCAAAUAUCAGGCAACAAUCGGGCGACGCUGGCGAUGAGAAAGGCCACUGUGUGGAUGCGCCCUCAUGAAUUGUGUGCUCGUCCGAUAUUUCGCACACCUGUUCCACCCGGUAUGGUGCCGCCUGCACGAGAACUGCCUGAUCCUGGUGGGACAGGGGAUCCGAAUUUACUCGGGGCGAUUGGUGUCCUGGCUCAGUUACCUCGCCUACUGGACAGAGUCAUCCCGCCUGGGCAAAGCUUUGAUCCUGCACAAGGCUAUUGUGGAAUGUUUAGAUUCCGUUUCUGGCAAUGGGGUUCGUGGGUGGAGAUAUGUGUGGACGAUCGUCUGGCAUGCAGAUCAGGAAAACCAGCUAGAAUGCACUCAGCUCAACCCGAUGUCUUCUGGGCGGCAUUGCUGGAAAAAGCUUACGCCAAGCUUUAUGGUGGUUAUUCUGCUCUCCGAGCUGGUUCGCUGGGUCGUGCAUUGCAAGAUCUGACGGGAUGUGUUGUGCAGUGUGUUCAACCAGGAGGACCAUUGCUGGCAGGUGCUCUUCCUAGAUCAACACUGCUAGUAGCAACUAUUAACACGGAACGCGACUGCAUUGGUACAACAAGUAGGAAUCGAACGCGUCAGUCGGCUGCACGCUGUGGCUUGUUGACCGAUCAUCCUUACUGUGUAUCAGGACUGGCGCGAGUUCGUGCUGCUGAACCUCCUUCUGCUACGAAUGGCGGUCAUAACAAUGGAUUAAAUGGCAGUUCCACAGCCAGCGCUGCAGCAGCCGCCGGCAAUUACACUGGUUUUCAUCAGCCUGGUCUUUAUGUUUUGGAUGGCGAGCGAUCGGCAACAUUAAGAUCGAACAGCGUAGCUGAGCAUGACACAGCGUUAGUACGAUUGCAAUCACCUUGGGGCCGAGGUAGUUGGUUGGGAGCUUGGGCUGAGCGUAGUUGGGAAUGGUCAGCACUGCCACAACGUGAUAAGGAAUUAUUGGCACCGAGACCACAACAUGACGGCGAAUUUUGGAUGUCUGUGACCGAUUUUUGUGCGCGUUUCACGUCUGUAUGGUUAGCACACGUUGGUCCUGAUGAUUGGGCUUUGGAAGCAGCCUUGCAUGCUCGCGCUCCUUGGAGGGCUGCGCUUGCACUGCGCCAGUGGCGGGCGGGAUUCAAUGCGGGCGGUGGCCCUAAAUACAUUGAAACUACUGCAACGAACCCGCAAUUUCGAGUGCGUGUGCCAGCUGGAGCUCCUUGUGGAAAAGCCCAUGUAGUAGUGGCUGUAGCACAACGCUAUGAAUGCUCAAAUCUGGGAUCCCAAGGUUCUAGAUCAUUGCAGAAUAUUGGCUUUGCAUUGUACGAAGCUCCGCCGGCAAUUACAAGACUCACUCCACAAUAUAUUUGUGAACAGGCUCCAUUAGAUUAUGCUCCUGCUCAACCGUUGCGUGAGGUCGCGUCAUUCUUCGCACUGCCACCGGGAGACUUCGUAGUUUUGCCCCAUUGUGGAGCACCACAUCGCGAAGCUUCUUUUUUGUUACGAAUAUUUGCUGAUCAACACGCUGAUGUUUGGGAAGUCAAUGAGGAUAAUUUAGUCAUACACAAUGUGGCAGCUGAAUUUAGCGAUGAACGGCUUCAAGACGCUCGCCUUUUAGCUCGUUUACGAAUGCGGUAUCCACCUGAAGUAACAGCUCUACAGUUGCGCGACAUCCUGCGAUCAGGCGGAUGCUGCGCCAGUUUCGUUGUAGGCGGCUCUCAAGUGUGGCCCCGUGCUGCACUCGGAGUAGGUGUUGGUCCGGGGCCUUCUAUAGAGCUCUGCCGCGGACUUCUCGCUCUACGCGACCCGGCACUAGCCGGACUGCUACCACUUCAGGAUGUGCCGACCUUAGUAGCACUUCUUAGGUUUUGGAAGGCGGCAUUUAGGCGCUACGCCUCGUCUUCAUACGCGACUUCGUUUUGGAAGCAGUCGCGCGCAUGCAGCUACGAUCUCCGGGCGCUUCUGUGGGCGGGAGGCGCAACGGCUAGUAACAAAGUACUAGAGGCACUGUCCUGCAGGUUCUCUAGGAAUAAUACGAUUACAUUAGAAGGAUACUUAAUGGCCAUGACUAGGUUACACUUAGCACACGAACGAUAUCAUAGUUUAGACGCUAAAGCAAAAGCAAAUCCUUUAUCAUUAGAAGAGAUGAUACUUAUGACAAUAUAUUCCUGACAAGUGCAAAUGGAAAUUUAUCUAGCUCGUGAUUGACCUAAACUUUUAAAAUUUGUCAAAUUUAGACAUAAGCCAAAGACAAUUAAGUU